UCCCGCACGGACCAACCGAAGCUGGCGCGCGCACCGGGAAGUGGGGAGAGCGCGUAUCCCAGCGCCCGGCGGCCGUCUUCUUGCACGCUCUAGGCCGUACCAUGCUCGCACUCCGAAGCGGCCUGAGGACGGCGCUGGCCCCGCGGGCUCUAGCGCCUCAGGUAUGUUCACCUUUUGCUACAGGCCCCAGGCAAAGCGAUGGGACAUUAUAUGAAUUCCGGACCUAUUUUCUCAAGCCCUCAAAGACAAAUGAGUUCCUGGAGAAUUUUAAGCAAAGUGUUCACCUUCGGACAGCUCACUCUGAAAUGAUUGGCUAUUGGACUGUAGAAUUUGGAGGCAGAACGAACAGAGUAUUCCAUAUUUGGAAGUAUGAUAAUUUUGCUCAUCGAGCUGCAGUCCGCAAAGCCUUGGCCAAGGAUAAGGAAUGGCAGGAACAAUUCCUCAUUCCAAAUUUGGCUUUCAUUGAUAAACAAGAGGUGGAGAUUACCUACCUGGUACCAUGGUGCAAGAUAGGAACGCCUCCCAAGGAAGGAGUCUAUGAACUGGCUACCUUUCAGAUGAAGCCUGGCGGGCCAGCUCUAUGGGGUAAUGCAUUCAAAAGGGCAAUAAAUGCCCACGUUGAGCUUGGCUACUCUACACUAGUUGGUGUUUUCCACACUGAAUAUGGAGCCCUCAAUAGAGUUCAUGUUCUGUGGUGGAACGAGAGUGCAGACAGCCGAGCAGCUGGGAGACACUGGUCUCAUGAGGACCCCAGAGUGGUGGCUGCUGUUCGGGAAAGUGUCAAUUACCUAGAGUCCCAGCAGAAUGUGUUCCUGAUUCCAGCCUCAUUCUCACCAUUGAAGUAGUUUCCUUCCCAGCAUGGAGCAGCCCAGUCACAGAGGUGAGAUGUGUCUACUGCAGGUACUUCAUUUCUCCAAAAGAAUCGCCGAUUGUUGUCUGAAGGAGGUGCUGAGUUACGACACUGUGCCCUCUGCAUUUUUAAGGCUACCUGAAUCAUUUACUACGAGUACUUCAGGAAAUAUUUCUGUUCAUUUCCAUAUCUACUAAAUAUCAGAAAGAGUUGUUAUUACUCCAUGCCCUGUACUUAUUGUUUCACAAGAUCUUGUCUUCCGUGAUUUUUAUGACUAAGUCUUGUAUUCAAAAAAUGAUUUUGAAAUUUUUUUCCCUCAAAAAAUAUUUGUAAAUUAAAUAAAUACAAUAUCUGCCUUUUUAUCGUGUUCAUUUUUCUUGAAAUUUAAAACUUUUUUUUUACCAGUAAUGUUUACUUUGUGAUAUCAAAUGGGAUUGAUAGAAAUAUUAAAUCUAGAAUUUGUCUUUAUACUUUAGAAAAAUAUACUGUCAUCCAUAUUAAUUACAGUUUCACACUCAUUAUUAAGUCAAAAUUGGAAAAUAAUAUAUUCUUUCGACUUGCUGUAUAAUAUGGUUUUAGCGUGUUUGUUUUUAAUUGUGUUUUACUACUUUUAACUUUACCUUGAAUUACUCAUAAGUAUUAUGAGACACUUAUUUAUUUCAAUGAGAUCUUUAUAAUUAUGGAAACCGUUGACCUAAUAAAAGCCUUCACAUCCACUCUGA